AUGGCGCCCGCGCAGCGCCCGCUGCUGCCGCUGCUGCUGCUGCUGCUGCCGCUGCGCGCGCGCGCCGAGGACGCCGCCCGCGCCAACGCCGACCGCUACGCCGUGUACUGGAACCGCAGCAACCCCAGGUUCCACAUGGGUGUGGCAGGCGACGGUGGGGGCUACACGGUGGAGGUGAGCAUCAACGACUAUCUGGACAUCUACUGCCCACACUACGGGGCACCACUGCCCCCGUCGGAGCGCAUGGAGCACUACGUGCUGUACAUGGUCAACGGCGAGGGCCACGCGUCCUGUGACCACCGGCAGCGCGGCUUCAAGCGCUGGGAAUGCAACCGGCCCGCGGCGCCCGGUGGGCCGCUCAAGUUCUCCGAGAAGUUCCAGCUCUUCACGCCCUUCUCCCUGGGUUUUGAGUUCCGCCCCGGCCACGAGUACUACUACAUCUCUGCCACGCCUCCCAACGCUGUGGACCGGCCCUGCCUGCGGUUGAAAGUUUAUGUGCGGCCAACCAACGAGACCCUGUACGAGGCCCCCGAGCCCAUCUUCACCAGUAAUAACUCCUGCAGCGGCCUGGGCAGCUGCCGCCUCUUCCUCAGCACUGUUCCCGUGCUCUGGACCCUCUUGGGCUCCUAGUCCUGGCCCUGAAGGACGCUGGCCCCACCGGGACCCACUUACUCCUGCGACCUCAGCCUUGCACACGACCACAGCCGCCUCCAAGACCAAAUAGACCCUGCUUCUCCCCGGUGGUGCUGCCCACUGGAGGGGCAGCCAGACACACCCCCCCCCCAUGCCCAAGGGGGACUGAGAUGGCCACACAGCCCCAGGCCUGGCCACCUUCCUCCAGAGGGGGUGCUGAGGAACCCUCAGCCUUUCUUGGCAAUUGUUCUUUUGUGUGUUUUCAUGGUUGGAUAAGAAAGACGUUGUGUUUUUUAACUUAAUUUAUUCCCCCUGCUGUUGCCGGUAACUUUGAGAAACAGAAUGGAAGAGGGUGAGGGGACAUGGACCUGCCUGCUCCUGCACCCCACAAAUGCUGGCCCACCUUCAGGCGCCCCUGGGACAAGCAAGCCUGAGCCGGAAGGAGGGAGCAGUGUGAACCCCCUAGUUGUGGUCCAGGGGAACCCUAGGCGUCCACCGCAGCCGCCCCCUCCUUCGUGGGGAUUAUUUUCCAGCCACCGUGGAGCUGCAGCCGCCCCCUCCGACUCUCAGAACCACUUUGGCUAGCCUGUGCAAACAAGCCCCCCCCCCAUACACACCUGGGCCCUCCGUCCAGCACUACCAUCUCAUCUCUAGGGCUGGAAAGACGUUAUAUUUCUGUAAAUAGAGCCAGCAAGUAUAUACUGUGAUUUAUUUUUAAUGUAUUCCUGAGGAUGGACUGGAAAUCUUGGUUUGUUUGUUCUUUUUUUUUUUCUUCAGCUUUUUGUUGGGGGGGGGUCUUAUAUUUUGGUGGGGGGAGGUGGGGGAACUUUUUAGAAUAGCCAACACUUCGCAAUAAGCUCGUUUCGUCUGUUAAAGCCCCCACCCCCUCGACUCUGUGAUCGAAUAAUGUUUCUAAAGGGAAAAAUAGAGAAAAGGAAAAAAAAAAAAAAGAAAAGAUAGAACAAAAAGGUGGGGGGACCUACUACCAAAAAGAGAAACUCCUCAGAGGUGAUUUAGUGAAGGAAACAACACAUUUCUACAGAUUUCAUAUUUCUACCCACCUUUCCUGACUCUGUGUUUUAUAUAUAUUAUAUAUAAAUAUAUAUUGUGUACAGCUGCCGGGAGACGGCUCAA